GUAAAACAGAAAGUACCUUAACUUGAGCUGACUUUAAUAAUUUGAUCCAUUCAUAAUGUUUCGUGUCCCUGACUACCAAUAGAACCUGUCCUUGAAACUGUCUGAGGUCCUUGAUGAUGCUGGCGUUAGUGAGACAAUGGUGCUCAAGCGGAGAUGGGCAGCGCGGCUAAAGGAAACUAUGCUGACAAUUUCACUCAGGCCUAGAAACAAGUCCGUUUACAUUUUUGGCAGCACUUCUGAGGGAACAACAACAGAAAGACUUAAUUCAGAUUUAGACUAUUUAACCUGUGAUCAUAAUUAUAAUGUGAUACAAGACUAUGCAGAAUGGAAAUAUGGCUUCAUUAAUCUACUGAUGAUUCAAGAUAACACUACGUCACCUGGUUACUGUCUUCUUCGACUGAUUAGAGCUGAUGUACCUCUUCCUGCUACACAUGCCCUACAUGAGGACUAUGUUAGAGAUGCAAGUUGGAGGGUGUUGAUCAAGAAUAACUUACGUAGAGACCUUAUGCCUGCAAAUGCUGUACAACAUGGUCCAUCAUGGGUUACGCAGGGAGGACCUGGAUUAUUCGACAGUGACACUGUUCCUGCCUUCCAUUGUAAUUCAUGGCCCUAUGAAGCUAGACCCUGGUUAGAUAGACAAGGAAUAGGAAGAUGGCCUACUGUAGACAUGAAGAGAUUUGCAGAAAAUAAUGGAUGUUUUGUUGUUGCUGUUGGAAGUAAAGUUAACCAAAAUCUUAACCUUGAAUGGAGAAUUUCUACUUCACAAGCAGAGAGAUGUGUAAUGUUUAGUUUAAACAUUACACAAAUACGUUGCUAUGUAUUGAUGAAAAUGAUUCUUGAAACAUUUCUUCAUCAUGCUGGUUAAGAUCAAAUUACAGGUUUUAUGUGUAAAACAGUUUUAUUACAUUGUGUUGAAAACACACAUACAAAUGCAUGGCAGGAAAAUAGUUUAUUUACAUGUUUAUCAUGUUGUUUACUUGUACUAUACAAGUGUUUACAACGAAAAAGCUCCCCACAUUUCAUCAUACCUGAAAACAACCUGAUGGCAGGACAGUUUUCACCUGAAGUUAAGAAAGAAUGUUUCACGUAAUACAAAGUGAUGGACAAGCAUUGCUCGGUGUUCAGAUUGAAGACCUUGGCCAAAGACUGCAGAUCAAACUGAACAUGUUACAUUAUCAGAUAGCAGAAAAUAUUCCUUCUAAGCAGGAUAACUGUCUCACCAUUUCAGGAUCAUUAUUAGUAAGCAGAGCUAGGCAAACCACUGAGUGUAUUUGUGUAAAAUUAUCAGAACCUUCAUAACAGUCCUGUAACAACUGCACGGAACAUGCUCAAUUUAAUAACAAAAUAUGAGAAGAUGUAUAGAGAAGGAAGUAAGUUAGAACAGAGAGCAUGCAGUCUUCUAGCACCACUUGUCUGUUCAACAUUGGGAACUGUAAUAGCAUCAUUUAACAUUCAGAUAAACAACAUUGUACCUCCAGUAGCACUAGACUGGUUAUCUGCAGGUCUGAAUUCUGAUGUUGCCUCUAGUAGACUAAAACUUGCAUCUGUUUUCUACAGUGUUAGGAAUUUUGAAAACACAGAAUUCGUUUUAAGAAUUACAGAGGGACAUUAUGACUUUAAUACCGUUGAGCCUAUAUGAAGCUGCUAUAGCUUUAGCAUAAACUCAGUACGGGGAAUGUUUGCAGAAGUGGCAUAUCAUCAAAAUGAAGAAGCUGUAAGAAAUGUAUGUUCAUUUUGCGUCAGUUUCAUCCCUGCUGAGAUUCAUUGUGUUCCAAAGGAACUGCAGUAUGAAAUGUACAGAUCAACUCAAGAUGACUUGCUGUAUAGAGAACGUAAGAAAUACUGGAUGAAUUGGGCAGUUGUAGAUUCUUUGCCUUACCUCUAUUUUCUACAAUACAAGACCUACAGACACCUUCAGAGAUUUGAUAAUCAGUAUCAAGCACUUGCUAAUCUUGUAAGAACAAUCGAAAUAGAGGACCGCCUUGGUCACAGAGAAACAGCCCUGAAUCUAUUAGGGCAGUGCAUGGAACAAGAGAACCAACCUAACGCAGCUUUACACUGCUACAUUAGAGGUCAUUGAAGGUUAGAGAAAGAAAUAAUGCAGCAAGAUUCCACAUCUGCAGACUUUUAGCAAGAUUACUGAGUAAUUAAUAAGGAAAUUAUACUACAGUAAUAAUGUAUUCAUGCAACCUGAAAUGCAGCUCACAGUUCGAAUAGGGAAGUGCCGAACAGAUUGGCCACUCAACUCGAUUCCCAAACUAUCGCGCUUGAAUUAACUGCAUUCUAACCAGACUUCUUACCAUUGAUAAAUAAUAGAUACAAAAUCGGCGAAGACCUUCCGUCCUGCCUUAUACCAGAACCUGAAUAACGCUGAACCAUUCAGACAACUACAUCGGCAUUUGACAAAGCUUUUUAAAAUUUUGGUACAUACUCACAAAAGACAUGAAACAGUGCCAUCUACGUUCAAAAAUAUGUCUCGUAUGUAGAAAACAUACGUAUCUAAAGUAUCACUGAAAAACUCUUUACUUUAUAAUCAACUUCAACAAUUUUGAAUCAGUAGGGAGAGCGUUUGUCUACGGAUCGCGAGGUCGCGAGUUCGAUCCCCGGGCGGGGCGUAUGUUCUCCGCGACGAUUUGAUAAAAGACAUUGUGUAUGAAAUCAUUCGUCCUCCACCUUUGAUAAUUAAUGUGGGGAAGUUGGCAGUUACAGAAUCCAGGAACACUGGUUAGGUUAACUGCCCGCCGUUACACGACUGAAAUACUGUUGAAAAACGGCGUUAAACCCAAAACAAACAAACAAAUCAACUAUUUUGAAAUACAAGUAACUAUAUAAGAGCUGUCAGGAUUAUCCUUUGUUGUCUCCAUUAUAUGCGUCUAAUUCUGAAAGUCAGUUACAAAAGGAAUCCUGAAACAUUAUAGUAAUCUAGUAAGAAACAAUAGCUCCGCAAAGAGUGUUUUAACAGCAGUCAUUGAUUAGUAAGAUAUUUUUAAAUGACAAACAACUCAUUGUGGCGUGCGUUAUAAUUUGAUAGUCAAUUACCGUCAUAAUAUUAUUUGUACGAAGAUUUGUUCGGGUAAAGAAAAUUGAACGAGAUAAUAUUUAGGAAAAUAGCAGAUUGAAACGAAUAGGAAGAGUUUCUGUGAAUGGUUUUGGACUGGUGAUAACAGUAAUAAGCUUAAACUAAAUACGGUGCCUCAGAAAUUACCGAGACCUGCAGAUAGAAGAGAUUUUAUACGUCGAGAGAAAAAAAUGCAAUGCCGUAUAUAUAUGGAGUUCCACUUAAACAUUUGAACGUUCGGGACGUCGACAGAACUAUUAUGGGUGAAUGGAGAUUCGCUAAAAUUGGACUGACUCGAGUGUCGGCGGCCGAACGGAAUCAAAAUAGAAUGGAACGUGUUGAAAUAGAUAUUGAGAGGAUAUACCAAGGUGAAGAUGUUGCAGAAACCUUAUUUUGCCUUUCCAUCGACACAAUGGAUUCAGGAGUACACACUGCUGUUUAAAAUGAAGCUUUGGAAUUUGUGUUGAUAGACAUCUUGCACAAACGAUUUCUUACAGAAUUUAUAUAGGUAUAUAAUAAAAAAAAUUAUUAUAUACCUAUACAAAUUCUGUAAAAAUUCAACUUGUAUUUCACAAUUAAAUAUGAACAUACAGACAAAAUUUCCGUAUCGUACCUUUAAAAUUCCGUAUUGUACCUUCCGUAUUGUAUGCUGCCGGACUAUUUUCAUAAAUAUGCAUGGCGUGACACAUUUCUAUAAAUAGUGCACAUAAAAACUUCACUUAGUUCCAUUUAAUAUCGAUAAACUUUAAGAUUUCGUUCAAGAACGAAACAAGAAUUAAAAUGGUAAAGAUAUAUAAUAAAAGGGUCAUUAUAACAGUAGCUAGAUCUGGGACUUUGUAUUCGGCUAGAGUGGAUUUUGCAAGGUCGGAUCACACUCGGUGCUUGCGCGCCUCGUGAGAUCCGAUCUGGCAAAAUCCACCCUAGCCGAAUACUGCAUCCCAGAUCAAGCUACUGUUAUAAUAACCCUAUUAUAUUUAUAGACAGCUAAAGCCUUUAGUUUUAUACAACAUAUAUUUUUGAUUUUCUCUUAUCGUCUUAAAAAAUUACCAUAGUUUCUAAAGUUAUUCUGUACUGAAGAGAUGAGCAAUUGCAUUACUACGUUCUGCUGAAACUAUAUUACAAAACAGCAUUAUGUGACAAUGAAUUGACUGAUUUUAUACAAUGUUGUAACACAUGAUCAAUUUGCCUUAUAGAAAUAA